CCGGCAGCCGGCAGUCAGUCGGUCUCCCGCGGCGGCAGCGGAAGGUCGUGUGAAUUGGGACGGUCGCUCUACCGCCGACGUGCGCCGUCUUUGACCCGCGGACAUCGGUUUUGGCAGUCAAGAGAAUAGACCCCUUCACGUAGGCUCGAGCCGGCGUGAACAAUUAUCACAUGGUACCCUUGUCCAGUCUCUCAACACUCACGAGGAACACUGUUUUAUCAUAAUACCUCUACAAAAUAAAAUUGAAUUUUGGCCUACAAUUUUAAAGACUACGCAAAGUUAAACUAAUCAAAUAAAACAAUAUAGUGUUUCUUUUUAUUCUUGUAGGCCUACUUCUACAAUAACUUACCUCAAUAACUUAAGAUACAAAAAUUCCGUUCGUAUUUCUGAGGUCUCCAUGAUUUAAAUUUCUCAUAUCUUGAGAGGUUUUUCCAAUAUAUUUGUUAUUUUCAAACUUUUGUAAGGAGGAUUCACGCAACUGAAAGGGAAAAAAAAGUUUUUAGCAGUUCAGUACGCGAAGAAACGAAAUUGGAUUUGGAGGAUCAAAUUUAAAGUGAAUGUUUGUUCAAGUUUUGCGCUCACAAGUGAAAAUUUUUGGAAAAAUAAAUUUGAAGCUACGUCCGCACUACAGGCGUGACGUAAUUCAAACGAGGAAACGUUUCACGCUUUGAGAACCUCGCGAAGAUAUCGUAAAGUUUAAUCGAGUUCACCGACUUGAAUUCGUUGACAGCGUCUACAGGAAGAAUACGGGCUGACGUUGUCAGGUGUGCAAGGCUGCGCGUCCUCUCUUGACCGCGACGGGACGCCGGACAAGGUUAUGCCGGGAGACGUUGAAGACGUCUCGACGACGAGGUGGUCCGUUCUGACGGAGAUGGACGCGGGUAUCCGGGCGCCACUCCGGCAGAAGCCGACGAGCUCCGGACUGGGCUAGGUGCGUCGUGCCCAUCGGCGCCGCGAUGGAGGGCUACCUCUCGCUGGAGACGGACCUGGCGUCGACGACGGCCGCGGUGGUGACCCUGCUGAUGGACGAGGAGGCGACCGCGCGCGCCGACGACGGCGCCACCGGGUUCCCCUACUGGGACAACACGACGGGCGUCGAGGCGUACGACGUGUUCACCCCGCCGCCCAAGCGCGACUCCCUGCUGAUCGUGGUCCCGGUGACGAUCCUCUACACCGUCAUCUUCUUCACCGGCGUCGUCGGCAACUUCGUGACGUGCGUGGUGAUCGCGCGCAACAAGCACAUGCACACGGCCACCAACUACUACCUGUUCAGCCUCGCCGUGUCCGACCUGCUGCUGCUGGUGUCGGGCCUCCCCCAGGAGAUGUACUCCAUCUGGUCGCACUACCCGUACAUCUUCGGCGAGAUGUUCUGCGUGCUGCGGGGCUUCGCCGCCGAGACGUCGACCAACGCGUCGGUGCUGACCAUCACGGCGUUCACGGUGGAGCGCUACGUGGCCAUCUGCCACCCGUUCCUGUCGCACACCAUGUCGCGGCUGUCGCGCGCCGUCAAGUUCGUCGUCGGCAUCUGGCUGGUGGCGAUGGCCUCCGCCGUGCCGCUCGCCAUGCAGCUGGGGCUGGUGCGCGACCCGCGACACGACGAGCUGGUGCAGUGCAGCGUGGCGCGCGAGCUCUUCCGCAACGCCUUCGAGGUGUCCACGUUCCUGUUCUUCGUGGCGCCCAUGACGCUCAUCACGGUGCUGUACGCGCUCAUCGGCCUGCGGCUGCGGCGCUCCGGGCUGCAGCGCGGCUCGGGCUCGUUCGGCAAGAAGCGGGCCACAGCCGCCUCCGCCUCAGCGUCAUCGCGCGCCGACCUCGCCGCCAAGCGCAGCUGCAGCGGCCGCCACCAGCCGGGCCAGUCCAAGAAGGUGCUCAAGAUGCUGGUGGCGGUGGUGGUGGCGUUCUUCAUCUGCUGGGCGCCCUUCCACGCGCAGCGCCUCUUCGCCACGCUCAGCGCCAAAACUUCCUUCAGCCUGCCCGUCAUGAAGGUCAUCUACCACAUCGUGACGUACGUCUCGGGCAUCCUGUACUACGUCUCCACCACCAUCAACCCCAUCCUCUACCACAUCAUGUCGCUCAAGUUCCGCGAGGCGUUCAAGGACACGCUGGCCCGCUGCUGCGGCGUGAGGGCGCGCCGCCGCCGCCGCUCCUACUCCGUGCUGUCGCGCUCCGCCCACCAGCGCUGCCUCCCCGCCGCCUGCGCCGCCCCCAGCGGCCAGGAGAGCACCGACUACUCGGGCAACUCGGUGCGCGAGGAGUACCUCGCCACGGCCGUCACCACCUCCGGGGGCGGCAGGACGGGCCGCUCCGCCGGGGGCGGCUCCGUGCGCACGGACAGCGUCGAGUUCCGCCGCUGCUACUCCGUGGUGGUGGCGGUGGCGGCGGCGCAGGGGGCGGAGGUGCGCGCCGGCGCGCUGCCGCCCUACGACCGCCAGGACACGCAGUCCAGCCAGAAGGCGCUGCUGUCCUCGCGCCGCCGGCGGCGACGGGGCGACGGCGACGGGGCCUCGCUGUUGUGGAAGGUUCUGGGCUGCGUGUCGCGGCCCGGCGACCCCGCCUCCAGGAGGUCGGCCACGGCCUCCCUGGCCUACGCCCCCGCCGCCGCCGCCGCCGCACCCGGAGGAGGAGGAGGGGAGAGCUUCAACCUGCUGCCCGUGGUGAUGUGCCACAGCGCGAGCGACCACAACGUCGCGACCAGCAACAACAGCAACAACGUGAGCAACAGCAGCCUGCGGGACGUGGAGCGCGGCGCCCUGGAGGACGAGCUCACCACCUACAUGGAGGAGCUGCACCGCCGACAGAGGUGCUGA